GGACGCAACACAUAUUAGCGCUUCAAGCGCAGAGGAAGACCGUCAUUGAAAGGCGGGUAAAAAACUUCAUAACAGAGUCGUUUAACAUAAUGGCAUCUAAAAAGCCGUCGAAUAUACGUAAAGUUGAGAAAACAGCUUCAAGUGAGUCCAAAAAUUUAUCCACUGAGAAUGAAGUCAGCAGUGGAAAUAACAGUGGUGCAAGGAGGAAAACCAAAACGUCGGGCACAAUUGUGAAGUCUAGGUACAUGCAAACUGAAACAAAGGCUCCUGCAAAGAGCAGUGUUCAGCAGCAAUUGACACUGCCACCCAGACCCACCCGGCCAUCCUCUCCCAGAGUAGGCGGCACACGAAAGCCGAGGGAUGGCGUCCCGUCGAGACGUACAAUGAGCUCUCUGGCAGGCAAUGACUCUACCUUGGUCUCCAGCGUUCUGGAAUCCUCACAUUUAGCAGGAAAUGUCUUUCAGUCGACUGUGUUGGAUGGCCACUGCAUACGUCCAGAUUUUGAUGUGUCCGUCAUUAAAGAUAAAGUUGCGCCGCCAAGCGCAGUGGACCCCGAGAAUGAAGAAAGGGACAUGGCGAUGGAGACGUUUAUACUGUCCUUCCUCACUGCUAAGAUUCAGCAUAAUACCCGAAAAAUGAGAGAGGAGUUUGAGAGGAACAUUAUGGCCGUCAUGGAGAAAGAGCAGCAGUUGCGCGCACAAGUUAACCGAAAGAAGCAACAGUAUCUGCUGCUGGAAAAGCAGAAACAACUCAACAGUUUACUGGACUUACAGAUUGAGGCUUUAACUCCUGUUGCUGGUGCAGCAAAGACAUUUGCAGAGGAGUACAAGUCAUUUGCCACAGCCGUUGAUGCCACGAGACACCAGCUUCCUGUGAAGAACGUGCACAUUGGAGAGGACCCAGACCAGUUUUUAGACGAAGCAGUCAAAUGUCUAAAACAGAGCGAGUGUCUCUUGCAACACUAUACAAAGGACAUUCCCACUGACUGUGAGGCUGUGACAGAGUCUCUUAGAGAGAUGAAAAAUACAGGAAAUGAAAUCAGCCAGCAGUUGACAAGGACUUGUUCGGAUCUUCUGGAGGUGUCUUCAUUAGUAAGCCGGGAGAAUGUUUUGGUCCAGCAAUCACUGGAGGAAGGCCAGAUGGGACAGAGCACAGCCCAGACACUCUUCUGCCCCUCCAUGCCGUGACAUGCUUUAUGAUAAUGUCAUCUGUUUACAGUAAAAUAAUUAAAGAAUGUCAGUGAAUUG